CCCCCUACGUCUCUUCUUCUCUGUUUUGGCUUUCCCGGAAUCUCGGUUCUUUAAUCGUCUCCACUGUUGAUUUGGGUUCUGCGAAGUUUUGAUCUGGGUAUUUCCAUCAUCUGGUCUGUAGCUUUUCUUCUCCAUUUUAGAUGGUUUAUGAAAAUACAUUUUCCAUGUUUUGGGUUUUAAAAAUUUGGCCGAACCCUUUUUCCAUUGUUCGAGAAUCUAUUCGGAUCGGUUUGGCCGGACCCGACAGCAACCGCUCUCUUUACUGAUAAACUUGGUCGGGAUCGAGAUAAUUUUUGGCUGUUUUAUACCGCAGUGUUAAAGACUGGCCUCAGUAUCACUGUAUCAUCAUGGCUUGCAACUAAGGCUGGGCAAACAGAUCGGGUUAAUCGGGUUCGGGUAAAACCAAUCCGAUUAAUCGGUUUUCGGUUCGGUUCGGAUGUUGUAGAAAUAACCGAUCGGUUACCAUUGUCCAAAAACCGAUCGGAUCGGUUCGGUUCGGAUAAAUAACCGAUCGGCGUCGUCUGCUCUGUUGUAGUCUCGAGCUCGAAUCCUCAGACUCUCCGCUUCGUCUCUCUGUUGCAGUCUCGAGUUUCCGCCCAGCACCGUCAAGUUCUGAGCUUCUCCUCUCCAUCGGCAUCGAGCUCUGCUUCUGCUGCUGGAAUCGAAGCCGAGCUUCUCCUCUCCGUUGGCGGGGAGCUCUGCUUCUGCUGCUGGAAUCGAAGCCGAGCUUCUCCUCUCCGUCGAGUUCUGAGUUCCGCCAAUCUGUGCUUCUUUUCGCCUGGGUUUUCACUCUCUCCUGCUAGAAUCGAAGACGAGUUCUGAUCAAUCAUUGUUGUUAUUCAGGGCAAAUGCAGAGAAAGUGUUGAUCAGAAAGCUGGUCGAUCUGGGUUACACAAAGUUAGCACCUUCAAGGUCCACAUAAUUCAAAAGCGUCGAUUUUCAGAUGCCGGCAAUGUUUUCCAGAUUUCUGCAGAGAUCCUCGAGGCCAAAAACUACAAACCCUGUUCUCGAAUUUUGCAGAAACAGCCAUUCCGAUUCAAUCAAGGGUUUAAGCUCGAUAAACCCUAAACCCAUUUCACGCGUGGCCGUUUUCUGGGAUCUGGACAACAAACCGCCCGCCUCGUUUCCGCCAUACGAGGCGGCGAUCAAGCUCCGAGCCACCGCGGCGUCGUUCGGCUUCGUGAAGCAGAUGGUGGCUUACGCAAAUCAUCACGCUUUCAAAUACGUCCCCGUGGCGGUCCGCGAACAGAGGAAAGAGAGGAAGGUUCUGAACCAAAUGGAGAACAAGGGUUUGAUCCAACCGCCGGAACCCUACUUCUGCGGCGUAUGCGGCAGGAGAUUCUACUCGAACGACAAGCUCGUGAACCAUUUCCGGCAGAUUCACGAGACGGAGAACCAGAAACGCUUGAGACAAAUCGAAUCGGCGAAGGGAAACAGGAGGGUGAGAUUGGUCGGGAAGUACACCAUGAAGAUGGACAAGUACAAAAGAGCGGCGAGGAAGGUUUUGACGCCGAAGGAGGGUUACGGGUUAGCGGAAGAGCUGAAAAGAGGUGGGUUUAGGGUGAAAGAGGUGAGCGAUAACCCAGAAGCCGCAGAUAAGGCGUUGAAGGAACAUAUGAUCUAUGUAAUGGACAAGAGGGAAGUGGAAUGUGUGGUUCUUGUGUCUGAUGAUUCGGGUUUUGCCGGAAUCUUGAGGGAAGCGAAGGAGAGGUGUGUGAGGACAGUGGUGGUGGGGGAUUUGAACGAUGGCGCGUUGAAGAGAGUGGCAGAUGUAGGGUUUUCAUGGAAGGAGGUGGUGAUAGGGAAGGCGAAGAAGCAGGUGGAUAAGGUUGUUGGGAAGUGGAAGGAUAGGGAUGUGUUGAAGAAGUUGGAGUGGACGUAUGAUCCGGUCAUGGAGAAGGAGAAGAUGAAAGAGAGAGGCUUUAGCCAUGUUUGGGAUUGCGAGUUCAAUGAUGAUGGUGAGGAGAUUGAGACUGGAGCUGGGUUGGAUUCAUGGGAGAUGACUGGUGCUGGUGCUUGGUGGGAGAUGGAUGAUGAAGACAAUGAUGGAAGUUCAAUUCCAUGCGAGGAGAAAUAUGAGGAUUGUGGUGAAGAUGGAUAAGAAGAAAGGAUCUUCACAAGAAGCAAUUUACGAUGAUUCGUGCUUUCCCAUUGUUGAGCAAGAAACUUGCUUCUAGGUUGAUGAAGCCUCUGCCUGAACUAUGCAGAACCAAUGUGGAUCUCUGGUCAAAUUCCUUGUAUGAACUCUGGAUUGUUACAUGAUGAGCAUAGCGAGGAUCAAAAGAUGGAGGGAUCCAGAAGUAGAAAGAACAAGCGAUCUUCACAAAUGGGAGGGAUUGAAAAACAUUGUUGCAGUAUACUGAGUGGUUUAUUCUCAAGUCAGAACAUGUUGUUUUCCUCAUGGAACUGAAGUUGCAGAAACUUGACUUGCUGUUUUGAUGAAUCUGGAUAUAGUUCUGAAGCUUAAGUUGCAGCUUUGGAAUACA